UCAAAGUCGCUGGGCGGGCCGAGUGGACUUCCGCUGCUGGCCCGGGGCUUCGUGGCGGUCCCGGCGUUGUCCCCCGCCUCGCGAAGGUCGCCGCCGCCGUACUGCCCGCCCGCCCCCUCGACGCUCGCGCAGGCGGCUCGCGGGACCCCGAGAGACUCGCGGGACACCUCUUGCACCCGCAUCCCCUUCACUCCCGGUGGGAUUCGGCCGAACGUGCCGCGAUCCACUUGGUGAGCCCGCAGCAGCUCUGAAAUCCGAAGUCCCUGCCCGGGCGGGGGACUCGCUGCGACGCCGGGCCGGAGGCGCGACCGGUGGCGGACGCUGCGUGAGUUGGAUGCCGAUGCCCCGCUUCGGCGCUUGACAGCCUGGCGAGCGCGGCCGGAGUUGCAUUUUCCCGCACCGCGAGCUCGGGGUUCCGAGGAAGGUGAAGGUGCUGGAAGCUCCCGACUGAAACUAUAUGGAAAUGGCCACAGAAGUCGACUCUCUGAGAGACCAAAAUCAACAAUUAAAUGAAGAUUUUAGAAGACAUCAAGUGGAAAAUUUUUUCAAGCAUUCUUCUAUACAGGUAAAGAAAACUGUCUUCAAAGGAGAUGGAGAUGACAUAUCAGUAAACUCUGUUGUUGACCAAAGCUUUUUAGCACCUCUUAUUACUGAGUAUGAUAAACAACUAGAAGAGCUAAAUCGCCAGCUAAAAUAUUAUCAGCAACAGAUGGGUGAGAUGAAACUGCAACUUGAAAAUGUCAUCAAGGAAAAUGAAAGUUUGCACAGUGAAUUAAAAGAUGUUGUUGAAAAGCAAUUGGAGGCCCUUCCCUUUGGCUCAGAGAUAGAAAGUGAUAUAUAUACAGAUGAAGAAACAGUCAAGAACCUUCAAGAACAGUUGCAACUAGCCAAUCAAGAAAAAAUUCAAGCCGUAGAACUCUGGCAGACUGUUGCUCAGGAGUUGGACAGUCUUCAGAAAAUUUACCAGGAGCAUAUGACCGAGGCCCAAAUUCAAGUACUUGAAAGCAAAAAGCAAAAGGAUCAGCUGACCAGAUAUGAACGGCUGACCAAAGAAUUGAAUGUUACUAAAGAGAAUGUAGAAUUGACUAACCAACACUUUCUGAAAACAAUAACUGAACAAAAUGUGGAAACAGAGCAACUCCGAGCACAAUUUAGGCAAGCCAAGUUAGAUUUGAGAGUUGCAGUCGCAAAAGUGGAAGAGUUAACUAAAAUGACUGAAGAUCUUCAGGAACAGAUGCAAAAGAAGGAGGAGGAUAUGCUUUCUGCCCAAGGAAGAGAAGAUGCAUCAGAUAAGCGCUUACAGCAGUUACAAACCAGUAUAAAACAAUUAGAAGUAAGAUUAUGUGUUGCAAUCCAAGAAGCCAACCAGUUAAGAACAGAAAAAACACAUCAGGAAAAACAAACCAGAGACCUACAAGCAAUAUGCAAUAAAUUAGAAAAUGAGAAAUAUGAGGCUAUUCUAAGAGCCAGAGAUAGCAUGCAACUCCUAGAAGAGGCUAACCUUCAAAAAAGUCAGGCUCUGCUUGAAAAGAAACAAAAUGAAGAAGAUAAAAAGAAAAUGAGUGAAGCAGUUUCUCAGCUUAUUCAAAAUACCUCCUUAAGAACCAAGAAAGAAGUUGAAAACACAAAAAAACAAUAUCACAUACAGAUUUCUCGAUUAACGGAAGAACUUUCAGCCCUUCAAAUGGAGUGUGAUGAAAAACAAAGCCAAAUUGAACGGGCCAUUAGGGAAAAAAAGGCUGUGGAAGAGGAACUAGAAAAGAUUUACCGUGAAGGCCGAGGGAAUGAAAGUGACUACAGAAAACUGGAAGAAAUGCACCAAAGAUAUCUGAUUGCAGAGAGUUCAAAAGACGAUCUUCAGCUAAGACUUAAGAAAGCAGAAAGUAGACUAAAACAACUUGAAAUUAACUCCUCAGAAGAGAUAUCACGUUCCCAUGAAAUGAUUCAGAAACUUCAAAGUAUAUUGGAGUCUGAGAGGGAGAAUUGUAGCUUCGUCAGUGAACAAAGGCUGAAACUUCAGCAAGAAAAUGAACAGUUACUGAAGGAGACUGAAAAUUUAAGAAAGAUUGCUCUGGAGGCUGAAAAAAAAGCCAGAUUAAAGAUCAGUACAAUGGAACAUGAGUUGUUAAUAAAGGAACAUGGUUUUGAAGUUCAAUUGAGAGAAAUGGAAGACAGUAAUCGAAAUUCCACUAUUGAACUGAGGCAUCUCUUAGAUACUCAACAGAAGGCAGCCAAUCGGUUGAAAGAAGAAGCAAAAAAACUUACUGAAAGUGCAGAAAUUAGAAUCAACAAUCUAAAGAGUGAGCUGAGUCGACAGAAACUUCAUACCCAAGAGCUGCUUUCUCAGCUAGAAAUGGCAAAUGAAAAGGUAGCUGAGAAUGAAAAGUUAAUUCUAGAGCAUCAAGAAAAAGCCAACAGACUUCAAAGGCGUCUGACUCAGGCAGAAGAGAGAGCAGCUUCAGCUUCCCAGCAGCUCAGUGUGAUUACAGUACAGAGAAGAAAAGCAGCCUCCAUGAUGAAUCUGGAAAAUAUUUAAAAAUAUUCAUAGUUCAUCCCCAGAACUGUAGAGUUGGGAAAGCUAUUGGACUAGAGGUAUUUGAAUGGGGAAGCCUGCGGAGAGUGGUUAAGGCUUGUGUGGUUUUGCAUGAGGGUUUUGGAGAGCAGAGCAGUGACAGCAUCCUGAAAGUAAAGGAAGCAUAAUCCCAUAUUUGAGCUUCAGUGGAGAAUAAAGCCAACCAAGAAGAACUAUGGGCUUCGUCAGUGUGUCUAUUUUUUAAUUCCCCCCUUUCCCUUGGAAGAGUAUGGUACUUUUUAAACUAUGCUAAUCAUGAGAAAGAGGUUUUACGAAAAUUUCAGAGCUUAAUAUUUCAGGUUCCAAGAUUUGGGAAUUUUACAUCUAAUUGUUACUCCUAACUCAUUUUUAAAGUUCCUAAGAAUUCAUUUUAUUAUGAACUCUUCCGUGGAAUAAAUUAUUCAC